AUGAAGGAAAACCUCACAAAGAAAAGGAGGUACACAGAUGAAGAAACAAUCCAUUUAGGUGCUAGUUGUUGUGCCAUUAUUCAAAGAGCCCUUCCGCAGAAAGAAAAAGAUCAUGGAAGAGUUACGCUACCUAUUACCAUAGGAAACGUAAAUGUUCGAAAAGCAUUGAUUUAUCUCAGUUCUAACAUAAAGCUUUUAUCAUUAUCAGUGAUUAAGCAGAUAGGAAAUCUUGACAUGAAACAUAAAAAGAUGACAUUACAAAUAGCAGAAAAAUCCAUCACUCGUCUGUCAGGGAUAACAAAAGACAUUUUGGUUAAAGUUGACAAAUUUAUGUUCUCUAUAGAUUUUAUGGUGAUGAAUAUUGAAGCAAAUGAUGAAGUUACUCUAAAUUUAGGCCAAUCCUUCACGAAAACAACAAUAUUGAUGGUAGAUGUUGAUGAUGGAUUAAUGAACGUUAUAGUUCAGGAUGAAGAGGUCAAUUUCAGUUUGUUUGAAGAAAUAAAGCAUCCAAAUAACAAGGGAGUAUGUUUCAAAAUUGAUGCUGACGAUGAAGGAAGCAUUUAUAUAAGAAAGCAAACUGGGGAGAAAAAUAAAAAUAAAAGGAGAUUGGGGAGUGUCUAA